AUGGGCUCCCGCCGUCAUCCUAGUCCUCCUACGACCCUAGUCUUCCUGGUGUUGCUGCUAUGCCUCUUCUGUGCGCCGCGCUGGGCCUUCUCGCUCUCCUUCAACCUCAACUUCUCCGACCCCAUGGCCUUUUCAUCGAUCGUCAUCGCCGGCGAUGCAUCCAUCAGCCCACCAACGCUCGAGCUGACAAAAAGUGAACGGAAUACAAAUAUUCAGGACAGCUUCGGCCGGGCGUCGUACGCGCACAAGGUGCCUCUAUGGAGCAACGCCACCGGCGAGGUGGCUUGCUUCACCACCACCUUCUCCUUCCUAAUCACUCCAGACAAGGCCAGCCUGCCGAAUACAGGCGAUGGGAUGGCCUUCUUCCUCGCGCAUUUCCCAUCGGUGAUCUCGCCCCUGAGCAACGGCGGUGGCCUCGGCCUCCUCCCGAGAGCCGCCAACGACGGUGGCCUCCCCAACAACACUGACGCGACAGGGGACAGCCGAAUCGUGGCCGUCGAGUUCGACACUUACGACAACUCGGCUUAUCGCGACAUCAAUGGGAACCAUGUCGGCAUCGACGUAAACUCCCUCAUCUCCGCCGCGUCAACGGACACAACGACCUCGCCGGGCGAGAACCUCACGUCCCUCCAUGUCAUGAAAGCCACGGUGAAGUACCACAACGAGUCCAAGAUGCUGGCAGUUCAUCUCGUUAUUGGUGAUGCCUUGUACCAGGUUAAUGCAACCAUUGAUUUGAGGAAAUGUUUACCAGAAGAGGUCGCGGUCGGCUUCUCAGGGGCGACUGGCACGGUCGCUGAGCUGCACCAGAUACUGUCAUGGUCAUUUAGCUCCACUCUCCAGGUUGAAUCAAAGAAGGAAGCACAUCCACCUGCUGAACCUCCUCUUCCAAUUCCAACCACUAGCCGCAACGUCCACAAAAAGUUGGUACCCAUCCUAGCAUCUGUCCUAGUUCCUCUCCUUUUUUUGUUGGUCUGUGCGACCGCAGUGCUGGGAUGGCGUCGACACAAGAAAAGAAGAGCAAACGAGGACAGCGAAGAAGAGUGUGACGACAGAGCUGAACUCGAGAGAGGUGUGGUUGCGGGCGGCCCCAGAAGGUACAUCUACCACGAGCUGGUCGCAGCAACGAGCAACUUUGCGGAAGACGAGAAGCUCGGGCGAGGCGGCUUCGGGUGCGUUUACCGGGGUCACCUCACACUCACACCUGCCGUCGGUGGUGCCCAAGACCGCCGUGCGGUGGCGGUGAAGGUACUGUCAGCGGAGUCGUCAGCGCAGGGGAGGAAGGAGUUCGAGGCAGAGGUGAGGAUCAUCAGCAGAUUGAAGCAUCGCAACCUUGUGCAGCUGUUGGGUUGGUGCGACAGCCGCAAGGGGCUCCUGCUUGUCUACGAGCUUGUUGCGGAGGGCAGCCUAGACAGGCACCUCUACAGCAACGACGACAGCUAUCUUACAUGGCCACAGAGGUACAACAUCAUCCUCGGCUUGGGAUCUGCGCUGCGCUACCUCCACAGAGAGUGGGAGCAGUGCAUCGUGCACGGUGACAUCAAGCCCAGCAACAUCAUGCUCGACUCGUCGCUCAACACCAAGCUUGGGGACUUUGGGUUGGCUCGGCUCGUCGACCACGGCACCGGGUUAAUGCAGACCACCAAGGCCGUGCUCGGCACCGCUGGCUACAUCGACCCCGAGUUCGUCAACUCGCGCCGGCCCAGCACCGAGUCUGACGUGUACAGCUUUGGCGUCGUCCUCCUGGAGAUCGUCUCAGGCCGGCCGCCGGUGACUGAAACCGCGGGGAAAACCUUCUCGCUACUCAAAUGGGUGUGGAGUAUGUACAGCAGAGACGAGAUCCUUGACGCGGCGGACCCGCGGCUGAGGGGUGUCCAGGACGACGAGUGGUGGAUGGUGCGGGUGCUCGUUGUGGGCCUCUGGUGCGCGCUUCCGGACCGGAGCGAGCGGCCGUCCGUGGCGCAGGCCAUGAACGUGCUGCAUUCAGAAGAGGCGAGGCUGCCAGAGCUCUCGCUGUACAUGUACAUGGCUGUACGGCCAGAUCCAGCAUCGUCCGCCGGGCACGGCGAUUUCUCCAUCGAUGACCCUGGCCCCGGCCCCGGCCGCAGUUUCAUUCGCUCUUCUUCGAGCAACACCGGGGACACCAUUCUUUCCCCGGGCUCCUUGUCGGCUGCGUCAGUUCGACAUUCCAGGUUUCCGACGGUCUAGCUAUU